AUGGACAUCAACCUCGGCCGACACUCUGUCAAGUUGACACGAAAGUCCCAUCGCAAAGUCCGCACCGGCUGCUCCAUCUGCAAGACACGCAAGAUUAAGUGCGACGAGCAGAAACCCCAGUGCGGCCGCUGCAAAAAGUUUGGCGCAGAGUGCGACAUUCUCGACGCCCAACAUGCCCACGCCUCCCAGAACAUCCUCGGCCCGGGCUGGCGAACCCACCUCGAUGCCGCCGCGUCCGUCAACCUGGACAUGCACGACCUCGAGCUCAUGUUCCACUGGGACUUAGCUACUCACGCCACCAUGUCACCAAACCCGAAAAUGCAGCACUAUUUCCGUCGCAACAUGGUCGCCAUGGCAUUGCAGUGCGACUAUGCCGCCCUCUCCAUGCUUUCCCUGGCCGCCCUGCACCUUGCUCACCUGACCCCAGGGCGGCGCGCUGAGCUUACCGACCGCUCCCUCCACCACCAGAAUCUCGCGUCGCGCAAGGCCAUUAGCCUCCUUCCCGUCCCCGAAGGGCCCGGCAGCGAGGGGAUGAUCGACAAUCUCUUGGUUUUCUCAUCCUUCACCAUGUUCCACGUCAUUGCAAAUUCGGAGAGAACAAACGAUCUCCUCCUCGGUCACACCGCCCCCCCAGAGGACUCUCCGGACUGGCUGAGCCUCUUCUUCGGCACGACGCACCUCGCCUUGUCCUCGCCCUCUUUCAAGCACCGCACAAGCCCAAUGGCCCCGAUCAUCCAGUAUUCUAUAGAUUUACUGGAGCUCCAGCAACAGCUCGACCACCCCAGUCGCCUCUCCCACUUGCACGCAAAACUCGACGCUCUCGACGAGACUCAGUCGUCCCCAGAGCUGCGUACGAUUUGGGCCUCGGCUGUCAGAGAGCUCGACAACAUCAUUGCCGUCUUACAUGAGCGUCCUGACACCCGCGACCUAUUCCACGUCAUGGCCUGGCCGCAGGUGAACCUUUCCGACUUUAUGCCCAUGCUUCGCCGUCCGUCGCCGCCACAAGAAGCUCUGGUGAUAUUCUGCUACUUCGCCAUGGUCCUCGAGCAGUUGACGCCACAGUGGUGGCUCACUGGAUGGGCCGAACGUCUCACUCGGCAAACAUACGAGCUGCUGGACAACGAGCACAAGACCUGGAUCGUGCCAGUGGAAAUAUGA